AUGGGAGUUGAGAACAAGAUGGAACUUGUUAGGCAAAUCCUGAAGGCAGCAAGAGUACUAAAGACAAUGAAAAUCACCAGUCACAGUGAUCUAGACCAAAGGAAUAAGCCUAGUGUUCGCAAGAAAUUGAGGAAGUUUCAAAGGAGCACUCGGAAUUGUCAAAUUGCAUUUGGAGCAUUAGUGCAACCCAUACUUAAGCUUGUUAUUGGGUUUUUACUAAAUUCAAAUGACUAUUGUGUUUACACAUUUGAUGAGAAGGUUUUGAAUCAGAUGAAAGUGGAUGGGAUUAAGCCUGACAUUGUUUGUUAUACUAUGGCAUUCAAAGGGGCUAUCGUGGAAGAGGAUUUUGGGAAGGCCGAUGACACAUUUGAUGAAUUGCUUGUGUUGGGUUUGGUUCCUGAUGUUUGCACUUAUAACGUGUAUAUUUAUGGCUUGUGUAAGCAAAAUAGCAUGGAAGCUGGUAUUAAGGUGAUUGGUUCAAUGGAGGGGUUGGGGUGCAAGCCCAAUGUGAUUACUUACAAUAGAUUAUUGGAUGCAUUUUCUAAGGCUGGGGGGUUAAGUAUGAGCAGGAAGCUUGUUAUGGACAUGGGAAACAAGGGUGCUGAGUUCAACUUUUGGACAUAUAGGAUUAUGCUGAAAGGUGUUGAAGUGGGCCCGUGUGUGGCUUGA